GGCUCCUCACAAGUCGAGAAGGAUUUGUUGAGAGCCAAGGUACACGAGGCCAUGGCGGUUCUGGUUUUGGCUUGCAAAUAUCCUCAAGAUCCGCAGUGGGAAGACACCCAGGUGGCCUCCAUCGUGCUUGCAUGCAAGGCCUUCAAGAAUGCGCAACUGCAUCGCCAGAAGACCUUCGAAGGGCGUCGGAGACUCCGGCUGCUGGCGCAGGUGUUGUCUGCCGAUACCCGCGACCGCAUCGUGAAUAUGCCUGGCUGGGACAAGCUCCACGAUCUCUGCCUGGUGAUUGGAGAGCUGACAGCGGCAAUGAUCGCAGGAUCGGCGCUGCAUCGAGGGCUCUCCACAAUGGUCUUGAAUCUGGUGAGUCACACCACGAGCCAUGCCUACGACACAAGCACAGAGCCCUUUGGACGCAAGGAGGUUGGAAACAUAAAGAUUGAGCGUUGGGAGUGCACAGGUUACCUGCUAUCUUUCGACUGGCAUGCCAAGGCCAAUAUGAUCUAG